AUGUCUUUGGUUACUGAUCCAAGCUGUUCCAAUCCAACAGUAGAGGUAAAUUCAUCGAUUAUUUCCUAGUUAACGUUGUUUGAUUGAGUUAUCGGAAACGAUGGAUGAACGUAAUUUGUUGUUAGAAGCCUCUAUGUUGCUCCAUCGAGCCGUCGCUUCGAACUUCGCGGGCUUUCCAGGUUUUCAAGUUUGAAUUAAAUAUCAAACAACCCAGUGCGCGCAGGGAAUUGCGAACAAUCAUCGAUAUCAGAAGAGGAAGCCAGGAAAAAACUCUCAUUCGAGUCGAAUCCAAUUUGUUCUGCCUCAAGGUUGAUUCGAAAUCGCAACUGUGGCUAAUAUCUCCCAGGUCUUCGAAGGAGUUGUACACUGCUAAGCGCAUCCUCUACGAAGUGCUUCCCAAAAGAGACUUGGCUGGCCUUGAGUUCGAGUUCGAGCUUAACAAACUCAGGUGCAUUUAGAAAAUUAUGAAAACGAGUUUCAUUUUCAAGGUGUUGUUUGAUUUGGCAACUUUUGCUGGUGGAACCAAGUAAAGAAAUUCGGGAAAUCGGCCAAAUCUCAGUCUGUUUGCACAAAACUCCCUUUGAAAAGUUUUUUGCUUCAGAUAACUUGUCUCGAACACUCGCUGAAACAGCAGACAAAUACUGAUUUGGUGGUUCGCACGUUGCUCGAAAUGGUUUAUUUUCACUUCCAGUACUAUGAUUACGAUCAAGCAAACGCCAAGUUGAAGUAAUAAGUUAACUGAAUUCUUUAGGAAUUUGUUUUUUUAGUGACGCUGUGCGUUUGUCUGAGAUAAAUAUCGAACUCACGGGAAUGCUUGGGAAAAGAACACGGUUUCAGAACAAAUCGAUCGCUCAGCUAGUCUUGUUGAACACGGUGAGCUUUCAAAGACUUCAUUCAAGUUAGGACGAUUUCAUCAUUUUCUCAUCUUUUCUGUGGCUUCAGGAACGCACGGAAUCUGCUCCGCUCGACGCCGAUGUGGAUGUUCCGACAAACUGCGCUCUGAACGACGACACCUUGCUAGAGGAGGUCUGUGGUCAAAAGAAACAGAGUAAAAUGAUACAAGCUUUUAAGUCCAAAACACAAGUCACAAAACUUUUUUAAAGAAAAAACUUGAUUCGGGUAAUUAUCUCAACCAUUACUUUGAGUUGAUACGACUCCCAAGUGAAAUUUAAAUCAUAAAAAAAUCUUUGAACAUUUUUUUCAUCAUAACCUAGAAUAAAUUAUGAUUUAAAAAAAAUAUAAAUUUUAUUUUAUUUGAAGUCCUAUAUGUGCGGAAGGCGCUGUUGAGUUGAUGGGAUAGAGGGACUACUAGCGAAAAGAGUGCUUUGGGAAGUGAUGCGUCCUGAACGAAUUGAAAUUGAAAUAAUCUUACAAGAGAUAAUCAAGACAGUUGGAACUUUUUAUUUUUAUUUUUUUCUCGCUAUUCAUCUCGACUGAAUGGAGUUUUGUAGCUGAAAAGGACGCUGAGAAACUUGAGAACUUGGGUGAUAAGUUAAGGUCACGAUCCAAGACUCUACGGAGGACGGACGUCGCGUCGACGGGAGAACGUUGAGAGCAGAACAGCUCGCCUGUCUCCUGUGGAUGGCGCGCUUCGAAUUCGUCACACAUCGCUCCGACAGCAUCGUCGAGGAACGCUGCAUGCCCUUCAUAAACACAGUUCGUUUCUCCUCUCCGUUUCUGAUUGGAUCGUUCAUUUUACUCACAAGCGGACAAUAUUCUCAAGUCCGAAAACCUGUCGAAUUUUAUAGACCGGUUUUCCAGAGAAAGUAUCAGCCUUUUUUAUGAUUUUCUGAUUCCCAGGUUCUCGCUUCUCGCAGAUGUUGGCCUCUGCAAGCGUCAGCUCUCUUACUCCGCUCAGAACUUGAAAAGAAAAAUAAGCGGAUGGUGAGGCGGUCCCAAAUUUCUUUCCUGAUAAAAGUUUCAGGUCGAACGUGCUUGCUCACAAACUGAGCUGUUACACAAGCUGAUGACCGGCAUCGAUGAUCUGGUUUUUUAAAACAUUCUUUUGAUGGAAUAGCAAGUAACAAAGUUUAUCAAAAUGAUUUUGUCAAUCUUAGGUUAAAAUUGUUUUUGCAAUUCUGAGAACAAAUUUUUUUUUUCUUCUAAAAGAUAUAUAGCGAAAAAAUUUUUCAGACACAGUGGCACGUACUCUAGAGAAACCCUUUCUGAAAAAGUUAUGAUUUUUUUGCUCAUGGUUUAUUAAAAAUAUGUUUUUAAAGCUAAUUUUAACAAAACAAAAAAAGAAGAAAUUAUUUUUGUUAUAGAGCGAGGAAUCGACUCGUUUCGAAAGAGCUAACUUCGCAUUGGCCGCCGGGUUGUGGCCUUUCUGGCAAGUGGCCGUCCUUCAGAGCUCCAUUCUGAGGUCCCUCGGCUGCACAUCAGUUACUUUCCACCAAACAUCCGAGAAAUACAUCUUUCUUUUGAUAGGAAGCGUUGAUAAUCCUUGAGAAAUUGGAAUUAUGGGACGAUGUUAUCAGUUGCUACAAGAGUCUUGGUCAACUAGAAAAGGCUAGUCUUUUUUUCGUUCGGAAAGAAAUAAGUCUUCAGGCUGAAACGCUGAUUCGACGUCUUCUGGAAGAGAAACCGCAUGAUUCGAUGCUCCACGUUUACCUUGGGGAUAUCACUCACAAUACCGAGUAUUACGAAAAGGCGAUCGAGGUGCGUUGGAGGGGCUUGCUACAGUCGGCUGUCUUCAGAUUUCGGGAGACAGGAAUUCCCGGGCCCGACGUUCUCUCGGCCAUCUGUUCCUCAUGCAGAAGAAGUUCGAAGAUGCAUUUGCGAACCUCCAGAGGAGUCUCGAGCUGCAGCCGAUCCAGGUUCGGCUCUUCUCCAACCUCGACGUUGAUUUCGGCUUCAGCUUGGCACUUGGUUCAACGCCGGUUACUGCGCCUGGAUGCUGCAAAAGUACGGAGACGCCAUCAAAUGCUAUCACAGGUUUCCAUUUUUUGAGAACAACGUUUGAGAGUUAAUUGAUUAGGGCUGCAUAAGUUGUUGAUCACAGGCGAGUCGGUAGGGUACCAUAUUGUGUCCACAAAGAUGUCUUUCAAAAUAUAUCGUAAAGACUUCAUAAUAUGUUCAGCGUGAGACCUCGAGCAUACCUUUUAUCUCUAUUUGAGCCAUAUCGAAGGUACUUGAGAGUAUAUCUCAAAUAUAUCUCAUUUUCCUCAAAGUUCUCGGAAGUAUUAUACUCGAGGAGACUCGAUAGACUUCAAACCCUGCAAUAUACCUCAAAGAGUAUCGCGAUACCCUUUUAGGGUUCGCCUAUGUUCUGUUGAUGAAAUUUUCGAAAGGUUUUACUCUUUUACUCAAGCAAAGCAAAAGCAGAUUCAAAAAGCAUCGAACCUUGUCAUGUUUUCAGGUCAAUCUUCCCGCUCUACUCUUUUUAAUAAAUUCGAUCGAAAUGAUCAAGUUUCUAAACAUAAGACUCUUUUUCACUAAACAAAAAAAGUCGAUUAGACAAACCAAAAAAAGUGAAAAAAAGUGGAUCUGUCGAGAAUUUAGGAUUGAAAUAAAAAUUGGACUUGAAUUUUUUUUUUUAUUUUUUAGAUGCGUUUGCCUUGAGCCGGAGCACUUUGAGGCCUGGAGCAACUUGUCGGCAGCGUAUAUACGAGCAGGCCAGAAAGAAAAGGCUUGGAAACUUCUGCAGGUUUUUUUUCUUAUCAAAAAAAAGUUACCUUCGUUUCAGGAAGCGCUCAAGUUCAACUACGAACAUGCCAAGGUGUGGGAAAACUUCAUGCUCUUGUCAGUUGACGUCGGCGAUUUCUCCCAGGUUUUCCUCUUUUCAUUUUGUUCGAAUUGUGAUGUCCAGGCCAUAAUGGCGUACAACCGCCUGCUGGACUUGAAGAAACGCGAAUCCGACGAGGAAGUUUUGGAAAUUAUUGCUCGUCAAGUAUUGCAUCGACAAGCCAACGUUUGAUUUCGAUAUAAUAUUUUCCUUCAAGUUUUAUUUAAGAAAGGAGGAAACGAGCUGAAAGAGCUAGAAGAGGUCAAAAACGAAAUGAUAAAACUUCUUGCUCGUAUAUCUUCCACUCACACACUAUCCUCCAAGGCAUGUAUUAUCUUUUUUCCGACUUGAAAUCGUGUUUUUUUCAGGUUUUGGAAUUGUACGCGGAUCUGAAGAAACCGUCGGAACUGACGUCCAACACCACGACGACGUAUGAACAGUAUGUGCAGCUCCUCGAGAAGAGUUCCAAUGUUGCUUCGAAUAAACAGGCAGGACUUUUAAUUUGAUUCGGAUGCUCUUUUUGUCGAUUUACUACUCCGUGUAGUUGUGAAAUUAUUGUACCAUAACGGUAGACCUCUAAAAUUCUUUUUUUAAUUAAUUUUUUUGAAAGUGAGAAAAAUUUCAUCGGUUUACAUGGUCUAAGUUGGGAAAUGAGCUUCUUUAUUUACCCUGAUGAAACACUUGAAAUAAAUCAAAGAAUAAAAAAAUUCAAAGCGUCGUGGUUGCGUUGCGGUAGGACCCUGAUAAUCCGAGUCAAAGAUUUUCUUCAAUCAAUUCAAUGCCUCAAUUUGCAAGUCGUAUUGCAUCUGAAUUUUUCGAAUUUCCUUUUUACUUGCAGAACUGGCACAAAAAUGAAGAAGAGGCUACACGAGUUCUGGAGUCCGCCGUCAAAUUGUCGAAUGAAAGACUAGUCCUGGCCGGUCACAGUACUGCUACCAACGCCCAGAGAGAUGUACUAAUGUGCUGCCAGAAUGUAUGAGAAAUCGGAUUUUUAGGCCAACGCCAGGAUCCGUCUCUCCUUGAAGUCUUUGCUGGCUCGCGCCGACCAAGGCAAACAGGACCGGCCUCCGUCGGAGUUCCACGAUCGUCUGAUCGCCGCAGAACACCAGGCGCGCCAACUUUUAGCUCUUGUUUCAUAG